AUGUCUUCAACGUACGACGAAGUUAUCACCGCUGACACUGUCGAAGGAAAAGUUCAACAAUUGAUUGCAUUCUGGGCCGCACGUCCAGCCGAGGAGAUCGACAACGAUUUCAACUUCAAGGCGGGCGCUAAUAAGGAUCGUGUUGAUCUCUUAAACGCGUCGAUUGCUGAAGCGUUGUCUUCUGUCUUCAACGUUCCAACUGAAUCAAUUGAUGUCGAGCCAUUGAGUACUGUUCAAGAUAUCAUCAACCGUGUCAACAAUGCCUAA